AUGAAAAGUUCUUCCUAUGACCUGCCCGUCACACCUGCAAGCAGGCAAGAAAAUGGCGGAGUUUACAACAAGGCCUUCCACGUUGACAAUGUCACCAACAACUCUAAGGAAGAAUCACACACAGAAGACAGCAAAAAACACAAAGAGAAAGACGCUCACCUGAAGGGAAAUGACGACACUGGGUGUGAUAACGAUGACCCCCAUUGUGGUAUUGGUUCUUGUAAGCCGAAGGCUAUGCAGAGAUGUCAAAACAUGGCGUGUUUCUCAGCUCUUUACUGUAUCAUUGGGCUAACCACUUCAGCUUUGAGUAGCUAUAUUAAUUCGCAGAUCACAACUUUGGAGAAACACUUUAACUUGAGCAGUGCAAUCAGCGGCUUCCUCAUGUCAUGCAACGAUCUCGGGUACCUCUCCACCACCCUCUUCAUGAGCUAUUACACGAGGCGAGUCCACAUCCCGCGAGCGCUGGCUAUCUGCAGCAUACUUUAUGGUAUCUCGGGCCUCAUCUGCACCAUGGCGUUUUUUGGUACCAGAGAUCAGAUCCCCAGCCCACCCUCGGACGAUGAUUAUGUUUUUACAGGAGGUAAAGCAUCAGUUCAACGAAGUGCUAGCGCAGGUUUCACUCAAAUGUGUGAGAACCUGACUAAACCAGCAAAUGCCAGUUGUGAGGGCGACUCGAAGAAAAACAGAGCCAGUUUUGAAAUAUCCGAGGACUGGCGAAUGGUAGCCGUCUGUGUCAUUGCUGGAGGCAUGAUCCUUCAAGGUAUUGCUAAAUCUCCACGCCAUGCCUUCCUUGGUACUUUCGUCGAUGAUAACGUUCCAAAAACAAAGACAACUAUGUAUUUGGGGGUCAUGACUGGAUUAUCAAUCUUUGGACCAGCUCUAGCGUUUGCGCUUGGAGGAGUGUUUAGUAACAUGUACGUGACACUAGAAGAAACUAGCAUAUCGCCCCGCGAUCCCAGAUGGAUCGGCGCUUGGUGGCUCGGGUUUCUUGUCUUUGGUGGGGCUGGGCUCGUUGUGGGUCUUCCCCUCAUGUUCUUUCCAAAGCGUCUUGUGAAAAAGAAAGUGCAGCAGACUGUCAAAGAAAAGAGCAGGGUCGACAAGAAGGGACUGAACAGGUUUUGGCAUGAUAUUAAAGAUCUGCUGAGAUCCGUGUUCCAGCUGAUCCUCAACCCAGUCUACAUGUGUAUGGUAUUCGCCAGCGGUAUCAACAUUAUGGCAGUCAGUGGAAUGAUGGCUUUCUCUGCCAAGUAUAUGGAGACGCAGUUUACUGUCACAGCCUCCAAGGCCAACAUUUUGAUAGGCGCCAUGAAAGUCCUAGCAGCCCCUACAGGAGCUGUCAUCGGUGGCUGUGUCACGUCUCGGCUCAAACUGUCGCCCAGGGCCUGCCUCGUGGUGAUCACCGUCUCCAAGAUACUGGCCACUUCGUUCUCCUGCCUCGGAUUGGUCCUUGGCUGUGAUCAGCCGACGCUCUAUACUGGAGGAGACUCUCAGAGUGGGGGUUCUAUUUCCCAGUGUCAGCAAGACUGCAAUUGUGAUGACACGAACUAUUUCCCCAUAUGUGGGAAUGACGGCAACAGCUACUUCUCGCCCUGCCAUGCUGGCUGUAUGUUUGUCAACCAUGAGCUAUUUACUAACUGCAGCUGUCUGACCAUCAACGAGACCCAGACAGCAACUGGCGGUCUCUGCACACAAGACUGCAACAACAUGUACCCGUACUUGUGCGUCAACUUCCUUGGCGCUUUUUUCUCUACCGUUAUCAUCAUGCCCAGCUUCAUUGUCAUUGUCAGGUCUGUGACGGAGGUCAACAAACCACUGGCUAUUGGCUUGAAUGCAUUUGCAUCAACUUUAAUUGGUUGGUUUCCGGGACCUGUGAUUUAUGGUUUCCUGGUGGACUCCACCUGUUUAUUGUGGAAGACGACUUGUUCAUCUGUUGGAGCGUGCUCUCUGUACGACAUAGAGCUGUUCCGUUUCCGUUACCACGCCCUGUCGAUCGGCCUGAGAGCGAUAACAAUCUCUUUAUAUAUCAUAGCCUUGGUCUACACGUUCUGUUCUAAAAACUUCACUUUUCAGCCACAUAGAGACGAAGUCUGUCUGGCCGUGCCUGUUGACCAGCAGGAUAAUGAGAUGGAUUCCAAGAAUAUUGAAUCUUCCUCUAAAGUAAAAAGUGACAAAGAGAACAUUAAUCUCACCAGCAUAUAA